CUAAAUUGGCCACAAGGAGACCAGUCUGCUUUCCUUGCUUUGCAAGUGUUCGAAGAGUUUCGCUGAUAUCGCCACCGGAGGCGUGAGCGCGCGACCCAUUCGACGCGAGCUAUUGCUCGGCACGCCCAAGGCCAGGGGUAGAUCGAUCCCCUCCAUCGAUCGACAAGCGUUUGUAGUGCGCCUUGUUAUCCUUUCAUCCUCCUUUGGGUUUGUCAAGUCGCGUUUCUUUUCUUAUUUCCUUCCCUCUCUACCAUAACCGUCUCUACCUAUUUGCCUGGCGACCGGUCCUCAAUAAUGGCGCCACGGCGAACCCGCAAAUCAGCUCUCACCAGUGCGGUCGCUUCAGCAACAUCCCCAGCGCCGGUGACCACUCCCGUAGUGGAUUCGCCCAUCAUGGCCGACAUUCGCCACAACCAGAAGCGUACUCGCUCCUCUCGAACUUUCGUCCCCGACUCGUCUGAUAACGAGAACGACACGGUCGAAGUGAAACCCUCCGUUCAAUCUGCGCUCGUUCGACGGGUGAUGAAGGAGGUUUCCAUACCCGCCACCAAAUCCAAGAAAGCACUUUCCACUCGUGGGAAGUCCUCCAUAAUGAUUCGGCAACAAGCAGAGCAGGGAAGCUCGAAUGGCUCUCCCUCUCUUGAAAACUCAGACUACGAGACACCGGGAACGAGUAUUUCGACUACGCCGGCUACCUCUGUUCGCCAUGGCAAGAUGCCCGCCGGUACCGGUCUAAGUAAGGCUGCAACUACGUCCUUGAGCACAACCUCCGCCCUCAAGCGAUCGCGCAACACCGUACUGGACUCGGAAACAGAGGACGAGACAAUUGAUAUGGACGCGGAGAUCGCCCUACAAAUGCAGUUGGAGGACGAAGAGGCGGAUGCGCGUCAAAGCAAGCGCCAGAAGGUGGAAGACGAUGACGAAGAUAUAAUCGUGGUGUCUUCGAAGAGGAGAGCCGCACCCUACACAGGAAAGGGCAAGGGUAAAGCCAAGGUGGAAGAGGCCUUCACUGACGACGAUGGGGGUUCGCUGAUCGACGAACUCAUGCUGCCGCCGACCUACAAGGGCAAGGGCAAGGCCCAAGUGGAAGGUUCUCUGCGCAGUCGUAGUCGCUCUGCCCGUUCGAGCGCCAAAAAGGCUCGCUUUACCGAGGCCGAUUUCUUGAAUGACGACGAGUCAGAUGGUGGAGAAUUCCGACCAGACGUUGCAGGCGAUGUAGAGUCCUUGCACGACGACCUCGACACUCCAAUCGCAAGUGAUAGCGAAGAUGAGCCCCUCAUGGUCGCGAGCGCGCGCCUCAAGAAGGUUACGUCAAAGCGUACCAAGGUAGCACGAAGCAAGAAGAAGCUCACAGAUGCCGAACAGCGAGAAGGUGCGCGCCGCCGUGAAAGGUUUGCACAUAUCGAGGACAAGUGGGAGCGAAAGCGCGCUAUGAACCGCGAGCGAGCGGAGCAACAGCACCCGAAGUUGCGCACGAUGUGGGAAACUCUCCAGAAGAUCCCCAUCCUUGAGGUUCAGAGGGCUGAGCAGCCAAAUUCCAUCAGCCGACGACUGAAGCCUUUCCAGCUCGAAGGUCUCAGCUGGAUGGUUCGCCAAGAGCAGACCCAUUACAAAGGGGGACUUCUUGGAGAUGAGAUGGGCAUGGGCAAGACGAUCCAGGCUGUGUCGCUUAUCAUGUCCGACUAUCCUGCAAAACAACCUACGCUUGUGUGUGUUCCACCAGUGGCUCUGAUGCAGUGGUCGAAUGAGAUUCGCGAAUACACAGACAACAAGCUCAAGGUCUUGGUGUAUCACGGUACGAAUACGAAGUGCAAGAAAAUGUCUAGCAAGGAGCUGAAGAGCUACGACGUCAUCAUGGUCUCGUACAACAGCCUGGAGUCACUGCAUCGCAAAGAAACCAAAGGCUGGUCCCGCGGUGAUGAUAUCAUCAAGGAAGCCUCGCCGCUUCACGCCAUUCACUACCACCGCCUGAUCCUUGACGAAGCACACAGCAUAAAGUCACGCAACACAGGUGUAGCCAAGGCUUGUUUCGCUCUCACUGGUAACUACAAGUGGUGCUUAUCUGGCACACCGGUCCAGAACCGAAUUGGAGAGUUCUUCUCGCUCCUCCGUUUUCUAGAGGUUCGGCCGUUCGCAGACUACUUCUGUCGUUCCUGCGACUGCGAGAAGUUGCACUGGGCUACUGACGAUGAUCACAUGUGCAUCGCCUGCAAUCAUGGUGCCUCCGAGCACAUCUCUAUAUUCAACGCGGAGUUGCUCAAUCCAAUCACUGGCGACGACCCAGAACUUCGCGAAGAAGCUCUGACGAAGCUACACAUGAUCACAGCUCGUAUCAUGUUACGCCGUAUGAAGCGCGAUUAUACGAACUCCAUGGAACUUCCGAUGAAGGACAUCAUCAUUCACAAUGAAUUCUUCAGUGAAGUGGAGCGCGAUUUCUCCACUUCAAUCAUGUCAAACUCGUCUCGCAAGUUCGACACUUACGUUGCCCAGGGUGUCAUGCUCAACAACUACGCCAACAUUUUCGGUUUGAUUAUGCAGAUGCGUCAAGUUGCCAAUCACCCAGAUUUGCUUCUAAAGAAGAACGCUGCGGAAGGUGCCGGAAAUGUCUUCGUUUGCAACAUCUGCGACGAGCCUGCCGAAGACGCAGUACGCUCUCACUGCCGCCACGAGUUCUGCCGGUCAUGUAUCAAGGACUUCAUGGAUACGUGCGAGGCGUCUGGAACCGAAGCGGACUGUCCUCGCUGCCACAUUGCCCUCUCCAUUGAUUUCGAGCAACCUGAGCUUGAGCAGGACGAGGAUUCGGUUAAGAAGACUUCGAUCAUAAACCGCAUCAAGAUGGAGAACUGGACAUCUUCAACAAAGAUUGAGAUGCUGAUUUACGACCUGUACAAGCUACGCAGCAAGAAACAGACGCUAAAGUCGAUCGUGUUCAGCCAGUUCACCUCGAUGCUACAGCUCAUUGAGUGGCGUCUUCGUCGUGCUGGUUUUAAUACGGUCAUGUUGGAUGGUAGCAUGACGCCUGCUCAGCGACAGAAGAGCAUUGACCACUUCAUGACGAAUCCGGAUGUCGAAGUCUUUUUGGUGUCCCUCAAGGCUGGCGGUGUCGCUCUCAACCUCACAGAAGCCUCUAGGGUAUUCAUCGUUGACCCAUGGUGGAACCCUGCUGCCGAGUGGCAGUCCGCUGAUCGUUGCCAUCGUAUCGGUCAGAGGCGACCUUGCGUCAUCACUCGCCUCUGUAUUGAAGACAGCGUCGAGUCUCGUAUGGUCGCACUGCAAGAGAAGAAGGCAGCUAUGAUUGCUGGUACCGUCAACAACGACAAGGUCGCUAUGGACCGCCUGAGUCCUGAAGACUUGCAGUUCUUGUUCCGUGGUACCUAGACGCGAGAAUGUAUCGGCAUGCUUACACGAAUAAUGUACAUUAUGGAUUACACGAUUACGGAGUUCACACGGUGGGACACUUAUACCCCAUUACAGGCUUUAGCUUGACGCAUGGCGGUUCCUUCUCACCAUUGGCGCCUAGGAGGCACUUAUCAUGGGGAUUAAAAGGAAGAGCAGUCUAUUUUCCAUGACAUAGAUACACAUAGAGACAGAAUAGUUAGUUACCUCUAUAUGUAAUAGUAUUCACAUC